AUGUCGUAUUACGACGACCGUCGGUAUCACUCACCCCGCGACCGCUAUGCACGUCCAGUCAGCUACGCUGAUCCGUACGAUGACCCGCCUCGUUAUGCAAGGCACGAGCGAGACUAUGUACCCCGCAGAAGCAAUGACUCGGUAGUCGAAGAAGUCCAGCGUGAAUAUCCACCAGGCUCGGACUACGGCUAUGAGCGCAGGUACACUCGACGACCGACGCGACCGGUGCAGGAGACGGUGCGCCGAUCUUCUUCGGUCAGCGGUUACGACCCCCACUACGAUGCUGCAUACAGACGCCCCCGUCCUCGUCGAACAGCACACCACGAGGACAGACGCUCUCGUCGCCCCAGAUACGAAUCUGAUUCUUCUCCAAGUCGCUCCCCACCUCGCCACAGACGCCGAAAGUCAUUCAGCGAGCAAGCUCUGGGCGCCCUAGGCCUCGGAGGUGCUGCAGCUGCGUCUGGUCAUAGAGACCGUGGCCGCGACCGCUCCCGUCAUCGCAACAGAUCAUACUCCCGUUCACCAUCGGACUCACGCAGUCGCCAUGGCCGUAACCAUCGCAGCAGCGGACGUGAUAAGAGUCAGCAACGUAUGAUACAAGCUGCUCGCGCCGCUUUGACAGCCGGUGCCGUCGAGGCAUUCAAACAGCGCAAAGAGCCGGGUGAAUGGGCCGGUAAUAAGGGAAAACGCGUUCUCACCGCUGCAGUCACUGCUGGAGGUACCGAUGGUCUUGUCGACAAGGAUCCCAACAAGCACGGCACUCGCCAUGUUGUCGAAUCCACACUUGCUGGUCUCGCCGCUAGCCAUUUCAUCGGCGGCGGCUCACGCUCACAGUCUCGUGGUCGGAAUUCAGCCGGUAGUGGUCUCAAGAACCUUGCUGCUACUGGCGCGAUCACGGCCGCUGGGAAAGAAAUCUUUGACCAGGUCGCGGGAUCUCGAUCUCGAUCUCGGCCUCGUGGUCGCCAUGAUUCCCGUAGCGAUGACGAGCGUGGAUCCCACAAGCGAAGCAAGAGUGUCCAAGACUACAUCACCAAGGGAAUGGCUGCCCUAGGACUGGGAGAGCAAGAAGAUCGGCGCCGCGAUGACCGCAGCGGAGAUAGCAGAGAUUCUCGACGAGAGCGAGAGCGAGAUUAUCGAGAGCCUCGGGGACACCGAGAGAGAGACGAUCGUGAGAGACGUCAUCGUCGGGAUAGAUAUGACGACUAUUCUGGUUCAGAUGCGGACAGUGAUUACUACAGCAGGGAUUCACGACGAGGCAGAGGCUCGAGAGAUGUAGGUCGAACGCGUUCAUUGAACGGCGGAAGAAACCCCCCCAAUGCAUUCGCGCGUAGUGCACCAACCAGUGCACCGCGUGAUGACAAGCAAUGCGACCACUCAAACUCCGAGAGUGAUUCUGACUUAGGCGACAGUUCUGACGAGAAGAAGCAACGCAAGAAGUUGAAGCGUGAUGUCCUGGUGACAAGCGGUUUGGCUAGUGUUGCUACUAUCCAUGCCGCUCAUGGUCUGUAUGGUAGCAUGGAAAAGAGAAAACAGCGCAUGCAGCAGUUGAAGGAGGGAGAGAUCACACCUGAGGAGGCUCGCAAGCGUCGCAUGAAAGCUAACACCAUGGAUGCCGUGAGUAUUGGCCUUGCGGCGCUUGGUAUCAAGGGUGCAUAUGGUGAAUGGAAGGAGGUCAACGAGAAGCGCAAGGAAAACCACCAUUUCCAGGAGGAGUGUGCUCAUCGUGCCGUGAAACGAGAAAUGCGACGGGCGAAGAGUCAGAGCACACCGUCGAGGAGUCGUUGGCCGGAUGAGAUUGAAUAUGCUCCGUCUUCGAAUGACUCUUGGAAGGAUCACACUCCGAUUUAUCGUGAUGGAAACCCUUAUGCCGCCCAUGAAGCGCCGCAAAUUUCUUACUAG